GACCGCUAGUAAUGGCCGCGGCUGUGCGGCGCUCUCUAUUGGCUGAUCCCAAACUGAAACUUAUGAUGCGCAUUGCAUAUCACCUUAUUUCUUGUCACCAUGGGUCGCGGUGAGCCACUGAUCGCUCGACGAGCAAGUUCAGCAAGUUGGGUAGACGAAGACCGUUCUCUCGAGGAGAUAAAGCGUUGUGACUCCGGUUGGUGAAGCGGAUAGACGGAGAGAGCGGCGGGCAGCAUCGACGUUUUAGAAUUGUCUAAACCGUUGUGCAUCCGUCUCGAACGAACGUGGAACUUCCUACGCGGUCUUCUGCAGUUUUCCUACGAUGGACGAUUCUGACCGUGAGGGUUGGCGAUGCCCCGAGAGGAGCGAAGAUUUUCUGCGCACUGUGUAGUCUGAACAAUAGGCUCGGUGUAUAUGUAUGUGUAUAUCAGCGAGUGGAUCCUGUGAAUUCGUUGGCUGCGACGUUCAGUCGAAAAGGACAAGGGCCUGGGUGGCUGAUUACGCGCGCGCGCGCGCGCGCGCACACGCCUGUGUGGUUUUUCGCGAGCCUUCCCCCCCACCCCCGUCCGUGUUGUGCUCGCGAUGACGUUGCUGUGAAAUCCGUAUCCCAAUAAUAUCAAUCCCGAUGUUGGCCGUAGGAUUGCGCCAAUGUAACUUUCGUGCUCUUAACGUGGAGGUGAGAACCGGCGGCAACGGCAGCAACGGCGACGUCGGCGGCGGCGGCGGCGGCGGCAACUCGUGGAUACCGAAGAAAGCUUCAAACGCGUUUGAAGCUUUCGAGGUCGUAUUCAUGGAACUAUGAACCUGGACUCGUUGUCUUUUACUUUGUCACAGAUCAGUUAUUUGGUUGCGAAUUUGAGUAAGAGAAAUUUUGAGGACAGCUGCCAGGAGAUAUCGGGGUUGGUGCAGUGGCAUGGUCUAGAAGCAGAACGACAUUCUUUGCGCUGUCUGAUCUCGAGCGUUGACUUUUCCAAGGGCGAGCCGUCAGAUUCGAGUGCGAAAGAUUAUUUCCAAGCCAAGUUGCUGAAGCAAGAGUGCAAUAGUUUACUGAGCAAGCCCGCUUUUAUAUCUACUUUGUGCUUUGCUAUAGAUAAUCCUUUACAUCAGCAAAAGACCUUGAAUUCCUCGCCAAAGUUUUUUGUCAAUUUGAAAAAAACACUCGGCCUGACCUUGGUGCAGGAGGUUGCGUUUGCUAUUGCGCUACAGCACUCGGAGAACACUGAAAUUCGUGCUCUGGCCUUGGAGCAUACCCAGAAGCAACUGCCUGAACUGAUAAAGAAUUACAUAAAUUCGGAGACGAGUAACAAGCACCACGAGGGUGGUUUGCACGACUCGUUGCCUCAGGUCCUUCAUCUGAUACUCGGUCAAGCUCUCCAUACUGCCAAUCCGUACAGUCUGCUCGUGGAGACGAAAGAAAAUUUUCUUAAACACUUACGACGCGACUUUCCCCGCGAGCUGGUGCCAGUGGUGUUGGCGCCAUUCCUGUAUCCGGAAGACGAAGAAACUCUGCAGUUCAAAAUCGAGUUAAACAUGGCUGUCACUCAGAUGGAUAGCAGCACUCUUGUGGAGUUGAUUAUGGAAUUAGGAUAUAGUUUUACUAGUAGCAUAGAAGAAUGUCGAUCGGCGUUAACGAGUUUAGGCGCCAGGGAGAUAUCCCCGGCGUGUAUUUCUCGUGUGUUGUCACAAAUGGCACGUACCUGUACCAAUCUUGACGAUGCUGGAGGCCUACAAACGUUCUGGGGCAACUCGACUGCCUCGCAGGACUCUAAUAAGGAGAAACCAUUGGACAGUACCAUUCCCACAACGUGGAACGUUGAAGUGUUCGUUUUAACCUUGAAAGAGAUACAAUCCACAUUGUCUUGGAACGAUGUAAUCUUGAAGUUGGACCAUGCAGAGUUCCUUAUCAAGGAUAGGCAAGGUUUAAACUUGCUGUUUACAGGUCUCAAGCUGGGCCUGCAGCAUCAAGGAUAUCCACCGGACAUGUUCCCCGUUGAGCUCUUGUACAGACACUGGGAUAAUAUAGAAGGCCAAUUAUCCUUGAUUCAGCACAUCCUUAAGUGCCCGGACAUAUUUUGCUUCGCUGAUUAUCCGUAUCACUCGGUGACGGUCGAUGUACUGAAAGCGGCUCCCGAGGGCGAUAGCAAGGAAGGUCAAACGUGGCGGUCGUUGAAUAUAGUCGAGCUGCUUUUACACAUGGCCGAUAGAGGCUUGUACAGUCCUGUGCAGGAGAUCUUCAAAUGGCCGCUCCAGCAUUGCCCGGAUGUUCUCAUUCUGGCGUUAUUGCAGAUAAAUCCACCUUUCACGUUGCUGAGACAGGACAUGUUUUCUACACUAUUGCCAAUCUUUCUCGGCAAUCACCCGAAUUCCGCUGUGAUACUGCAUCACGCGUGGCAUGCUAAUAAUCCCAAGACAAAGACACUCAUAAUGCAUGCCAUGGCAGAUUGGUAUACGCGUGGUGAUCACGAUCAGACCAGAUUAUCACGAAUUUUGGAUGUCGCGCAGGACUUGAAGGCACUCUCCGCCUUACUCAAUUCGCAAUCUUUCCCAUUCGUUAUUGACCUUGCCUGCCUGGCCUCCCGACGGGAGUAUCUGAAACUGGAGAAGUGGUUAACGGACAAGAUUAGGGAUCACGGAGAAAUUUUUGUCACUGCAUGCAUCAAGUUCCUACAACGACGGUGUCCCCAGGUCAUGGGACCUAUCAAGGAAGAUCCUACAGUUCCAAAGGCCACCCAACUGCCCCAGGAGACACUCACUACAAUCUUGGCUUGCUUGCAAGUUUGCACCGGAAACGUCUCGCAAGAUCUCUCGGAGGUAAUAAUGACGAUGGUGCAGAAUUGCAGUGUAAUGCUACAAAGUAAGAGCACUAUGAACAGACCACAACCACCGGGAGUGCUGAGGCAUCGAUUAGACCCGCCAUUUAAUCCAGCAACUUUGGGAAGCCAACUAUUUGCCCCAAAGCAAGUGGAUUCUCUUGGAAAUCUUAAUACAAGUCUCGCUUCCAUGGCCCUUGGACCUCCGAGCACCUCCACGUUCAAUUUGCCUGGUGGCCUAGGUCCUCUGGUCUCAGCGCCUGGAUCCCCCUCUCGACUGAUGGGACCUUCUCCAAGUCCAUUUCCUAUGUUGCCGUUAUCUUCGCAAUUACACUCAGGUCCAGUUGGUACGCAAGGACCGUCUGUCCUCUCCACUGGUACAAUAGGUGGACUGGGACGCCUCGGGCCGCCAACUGGAAUUGAGAAAAGAAUCCAAGAAAGGGAAACCUCCAAUUUGUUCCCAGAUAUGGGGCAAAAUGUCUCCAAGGAGAUCGAGGAUGAAGCUAAUAGUUAUUUUCAACGUAUAUACAAUCAUCCACCACAUCCGACUCUGUCGAUCGAUGAGGUGCUCGAUAUGCUGAAAAAGUUUCAAGACUCCGGCAUCAGACGGGAGAGAGAGGUAUUUAACUGUAUGCUGCGAAAUUUAUUCGAAGAAUACAGAUUUUUCCCUCAGUAUCCGGAAAAAGAGUUGCAAAUAACAGCACAAUUGUUCGGUGGAAUCAUCGAGAGGGGUCUUGUCAACAGUUACAUGACCCUUGGAUUAGCGUUACGAUUUGUCCUUGAUGCGCUUAAAAAACCGGAAGGCUCAAAGAUGUAUUACUUUGGCAUAACGGCUUUGGAUCGAUUCAAGAGUCGUUUGAAGGAAUAUCAAACGUACUGCGAGCACGUUAGAACGAUUUCACAUUUCGCCGAAUUCCCGCCUCAUUUGGUGGAAUAUAUAGAGUAUGGGUUACAAGGACAGGAACCACCGUCGAGGCCGCAGGGUCCAAAAACUCUAGCGGCAAUGCUGGCUCCAGUUACAACCCCGUACAAAACCAUGACUACAACUACCAUUACAACCAGCACUACGCAAGCAAAACCGUCUACGACCCCGACUACGACGACUCUUUCGGCUAGACCCUCUAUGCCCUCAGUUGCUAAUGCGACUAAUAUCGAUACGCUGCUCGUGGCGACGGACAAAGAGGAAAAAAUUACGACACCGCCGGAAGCCUUGCAGGACAAAACUGCUUUCAUCUUCAAUAAUCUCAGCCAGCUGAAUUUGCAACAGAAGUGUGACGAGAUCCGCGAAAUCGUCACGGAGGAAUACUGGCCGUGGAUGGCACAGUAUCUAGUGAUGAAACGUGCCAGCAUAGAACUGAACUUUCAUGCUCUGUACUCGAACUUUCUGGAUUGCAUAAAAUUACCCGAAGUGAAUAAAAUGGUCACGAGAGAAACGUUUCGAAAUAUCAAGGUUCUCUUACGAAGCGAUAAAGGAAUAGCUAACUUUUCUGAUCGAUCGCUGUUGAAAAACCUCGGACACUGGCUCGGAAUGCUAACACUUGGUAGAAAUAAGCCUAUUUUACAGAUAGAUAUAGAUCUAAAAAGCUUACUCGUGGAAGCAUAUCACAAAGGCCAGCAAGAACUUCUCUACGUAGUGCCAUUUGUUGCAAAAGUACUUGAGAGUUGUGCGAAAAGUCGUGUCUUCCGGCCACCCAAUCCGUGGACUAUGGCAAUUAUGAACGUUCUAGCCGAACUACAUCAGGAGCCUGAUUUGAAAUUGAAUUUAAAGUUCGAGAUAGAAGUACUUUGCAAGAAUCUGAGCAUUGACGUAGGGGAACUAAAGCCAGUCAUUUACUUGAAAGACCCUGAGAAAUUGCGCAAUCUAGAAUAUCAGUUGUCACAUCCGAACAAGAAAGUGGAGACAACUAACAAUCAACAACCACCUCAGGGGCCUAUAGAGGAAUUAGUUGGACCGACAACAAGCGGCACUAUCAAUCCUCAAACUGCCCCACCCACGAAUACGACACCCUCUUUACCGGCUGGUCCACCGGAACCGCGAUUCAAUUACAUGGAUAUAUCUGUAACGGGCAUUGCAAAUAUAUCUCAACACAUUACUGCCAACAAUCAAUUACCUCUAUUCCAAACGCAUCCUCAUAUGAAACAAUUCAUUCGCCCGGCGGUUGAAAGAGCAAUUCAGGAGUGGAUCCAUCCUGUUGUAGAUCGGUCUAUUAAAAUUGCUCUUACAACCAGCGAGCAAAUUGUGAGGAAAGAUUUUGCCUUGGAUCCGGAAGAGGUGCGAAUGCGUACAGCUGCACGUCACAUGGCGCGUAAUCUGACCGCCGGUAUGGCUAUGAUUACGUGCCGCGAUCAGAUCCUGGCAUCGAUUAGCACGAAUUUAAAACAGGCCUUUCUCGCGGCGUUAGUCAGUCCGACUCAGCAGCAGAAGGAACUAGUCGAACAAGCGGCAAGUGUAGUCGCUGCCGAUAACAUGGAACUCGCGUGUGCGUUUGUACAAAAGACCGCUAUUGAAAAGGCAAUACCCGAAAUGGACAAACGGCUGAUGAAUGAAAUUGAGCUGCGAAAACUCGCCCGACAAGAAGGGAGAAGAUACUGCGAUCCUCUUGCCAAGUAUCAAGCCGAGAGGAUGCCGGAACAGAUAAGGCUGAAAAUGGGUGGUGUUACGCCUCAACAAAUGGCCGUAUAUGAGGAGUUUGCGAGAAAUAUUCCAGGAUUUCUCCCGCUCUCCGAACGAGAUACGCAAGCGCUCUUUAUACCGAAGCCUAUUUCUGAGGCUCCUCUCACUGCAUUCACACCCAACUCAGCGGUGGCAGUCGCUACAGCACAACAAGUAGCCUACGCAACUGUAGCAGUUAGCAACGAUGAAGUGGGUGCACUGCUAGAGAAACUUGCGUCGGACGUCGAGGUCCUGUUGGCCGCUAUGGUACCUGCGGUACUGCCACAACAGCACGGAAUCCUUCACAGUCUCCUGGAAUCAAUCGUACUCACAAGAAGAUCGAGAGACAUCAAUGCGGCAAUGACAUUGUUAAAGAAAGCUGUUGAAGGUUUGCUGGACGGGCCCAUAUUCAACAGUGGCGUCAUGGAGACCGAGAGUUUAACACAACGCUACAAAGAUUUGCACCUACGGAUCUUGAAGUGUCUUCAGGAUCCACGUGCAUACGGUAUGCAAUGGACCAACAAGCACGUGACUCGUUGUCUAAUCGAAUGCCGGGAAGAAUACCGGUAUAAUUUCGACGCCGUGGACGCCCUCAUAAGAUCUCACCUGAUUAGUCUUCCGCAGUACGACUUGGCUAUAGCGCAAGCUGUAGAGUCGGGAAAUGUCAUGGCAACAUUAUUUGCUAUGCAGUUGGUUCAACUUUAUUUGAUUGACGAGAGGCAGGCAACUCAUGUCACCGAAACUGAUUUAUUCCACACUAUUGAGAUAUUGGCUCGAAUGUCACAUCACCGCUCCUUACCGGAAGGAAUAUCGUUGUAUAGAUUGACAACCCUUGUGGAAUCUCUACGUGCCAAUCACGAUUCUGGGGUAUUGGUAGACAGAGCUCCAGCGGGACCUACGGCGCAUAUUCAUUCCGGAAUCCUGCAGGUGAGAGCUCGCGAUUACGAAGCAGACCCACCCGGACUGAUGGAUAAGACGGAAUUUCUAUUACGUGAAUGGGUGCAGAUGCAUCACAAUCCUCAGUACGCGCGAGAUCCCACGAAAGCGUUCAGUAUAUUCGUUCAUCAAAUGAAUAUCCACGGCAUCUUGAAGACCGACGAUCUCAUCACAAGAUUCUUCAAGCUGAGUACACAGAUGUGCGUCGACCUUUGCUAUCGGACUUUAACAGAAACUGGAUUGGCCCCCUCGCACAUCCGCGCGAAAUGUUUUCACUCCUUGGAUGCAUUUGUACGACUCGUCGCAUUGCUGGUGAAGCACUCGGGCGAUGCUACUAACACCCAUACCAAGAUCAAUCUUUUGAACAAGGUGCUCGGCAUCGUGGCUGGUGUGUUGUUACAGGACCACGAGUUACGCGGCGCAGAAUUCCAACAAUUGCCGUACCACAGGAUCUUCAUUAUGCUCUUCUUGGAGUUGUGUGCGCCGGAGCCAGUUCUUGAAGCUGUAAAUUUUCAAGUUCUGACUGCAUUUUGCCACACUUUGCACAUUCUGAGACCAGCAAAAGCAUCGGGUUUCUGCUACGCCUGGCUGGAGUUGGUUUCCCACCGCGUCUUCAUCGGUCGCAUGCUGGCUAUCACGCCGCAGCAAAAGUGCUGGGGAAUGUACGCGCAGCUGCUUAUCGAUUUAUUCAAGUACCUUGCACCAUAUCUGCGAAAUGCGGAGCUGGCGAAGCCUGUGACGAGUUUGUACAAAGGGACAUUACGGGUGCUCCUUGUUUUGUUACACGAUUUCCCAGAGUUCCUUUGCGAUUAUCACUAUGGGUUUUGCGAUGUGAUACCACCAAAUUGCAUACAAAUGAGAAACCUGAUUUUGAGUGCGUUCCCGAGAAAUAUGCGUCUACCUGAUCCGUUCACGCCUAAUCUGAAAGUGGACAUGUUACAGGAAAUAACUCUCGCUCCGCGUGUUCUCACUAAUUUCGCGUCCACGAUUCAGCCAUUAAACUUCAAGAAAGAGCUCGACUCUUAUCUGAAGGCUCGCGCGCCGGUCACCUUCCUGUCCGAGCUCCGCAGCAAUUUGCAGGUGUCUCAAGAGGCCGGUGUGCGUUAUAACAUUCAGUUGAUGAAUGCUCUGGUGCUCUACGUAGGCACGCAGGCUAUACAAUUCAUACGCAGCAAGGGUCAUACUCCUAAUAUGUCUACCAUCGCGCACUCUGCACACAUGGAUAUCUUUCAGAAUCUGGCCGUCGACCUGGAUACGGAGGGGCGGUAUUUGUUCCUGAACGCCAUAGCGAAUCAGUUACGAUAUCCUAACAGUCACACGCAUUACUUCAGUUGUACAAUUCUCUAUCUAUUCGCUGAAGCAAAUACGGAAGCGAUACAAGAGCAAAUAACAAGGGUUCUUUUGGAAAGACUUAUCGUAAACCGACCACACCCGUGGGGAUUGCUCAUCACCUUUAUCGAAUUGAUCAAGAAUCCAACGUAUAAAUUCUGGUCACACGAAUUUGUACAUUGUGCGCCUGAAAUUGAGAAGUUGUUCGAAUCUGUAGCUAGAUCGUGUAUGGUGCAGAAACAAGUGCCCACGGAGACGGAGAUUCCAGAGUGAUAAGAGUGUUUAAUUUCUCAACUAUCGCUGUGUAUACAGUCAAAUGAAAGUUCGUGACAGACCAUUGGAGAAUACUAAAAGUUUUCGUAGGGACGAAUGUACUUUAUAAUUUACCAAUGAAAUAUAAGUUUCAAUUAGUGAGGUAAUUAGAUUGUAGGCUAUACUUGUAUGACGGCUUCAAGAGUGUAUUGAUCUAUAGUGUAUAAGUGCAGAGGUGUGUAAUUGUUGUGUUAAUAUUUUAAUAAGAGGGAACGUCGAUUAUAAGGGGAGCAAAACCUCAUACACCUCACUAAACGUGUCUUUCGCGCAAUGUAUUUCACACACUGUGUAUUAUAUAUAAACGAUAUUGUACACAUAAGACACUAUAAUAAAGUGUAUCGUGCUGGAACAAAAGUUCGUGAAAAUAA